UUUAGCUUACAUAUAUUCAAUAUGAUCAUGCGCAUAGGGUUUUGAAUUCGGUCAUUAUACAUGUAUCUUAGACUCCUCUAUCGCUAGAAAGUGUCAGAAUGGCCUGUGCCCACUGUGUGGAGAGUACCCCAGUGUUAGAUCUCCCGCAGCUACACAUCGGAGAUCACAUAGAGUUUGGAAGGUGCAGCUACAUCAAGACAUUUCUGAAUUGUCUCCUCGGGUAUCGCCGUAGUGAUAAGCAUAUCAGGCUUGGAUAUCUCUAUUUCCACCAUGCCAUCGUUACAGAAAUUGACCAUGCUAGACGAAAAAUUACGCUGAUAGAAUUUGCCAAGGAAGACACGUCCAUGUCAUCGUUUUACAAAUCCUUCUCGAAGGCAAUCAUUCGGGAAAGACAAAUGAAUUUUGACGAUAUACAUGAACACAUGUAUCUUGUUGUUCAUAAAAAUUUAGGACCAAAUCCACCAACGCCUCAACAAAUUGUCAAAAAUGCACGACAUAUGCUCGAUAAAGCCAAAGACGAGAGAUACAAUGGGUUUUUGAAUAACUGCGAACACGUGGCGAAUUUGUGUGUAACGAAACGUCGAAUAUCAAUCCAAAUCAACCAAAUCACCGAGAGAACCAUAUCAAGACUGUUGUCAAAGCCCCCCAAAUGGUUCAAAUGCAUGAUUGGGUACUUGGGAAAACAUCUUCUGAAGUUUUUACGAAGAUUUGAAAAAGUAUUGGAACGUAUGAAAGGUUCAAAAUUGUUUCCAGCCUUCAAUUUCAUUAAACGGUAUUUAGGUAGCUGGCUUGCCUGUACGUUCAUCAUUGCAAUGGUUUUGAUGGCGAUGGACAUCGUUCGAUUUAUUUCGGCAUGGAGCAACGACGAACUUUGCAGAUCUUGUGUCGAGAGAUGGGUUGCAAAGACAGCUUACAGGGUACUAAAUAUGCUGCCAUUUGGAAUGUUUCUAUUUCUGGGUGCUGUUGGAUUUGGUUUCACGAGCUUUUUAACCAUUAGUUCCUUAUUUGAAAAGUCUUAUACAUACUCAGAACUGCAGACGUUGAGAACAAUAAAGACUGGUGACGUCAUCACAUUCAAUCUCUACAUGCCUUUCAGCUUUCAUGAUGCUGUUGUCGUUCAAAAUGUCGGAAGAUUUACAGCAGCAAAUAUGCAGCCUCUACGGAAAACUCUUUCGUCCAUGAGCGAGGCUGAAGUUUUUGAACAAUCGCGAUUAAUAUUGAAUGAUUUCUUCAGAGAUGCUGCUGAAGAAGAAUAUUAUUCAUUUCGAUAUCUACGCAUACAUUUGAAUAACGUUACUAGAGGGAUCACAUCAGUUCCAGAGGUAGACGCCUUUCAGGGAAAUUUGAGGACUCGUACGUUAAAGAGACAGGGUGGGGAAUGGAUAUUAACAUCUGACGUGGAUGUUAAGGAAAAUAUCCCGAAGGUGUGUUUUCUUUAUGAUGAUGAAAAUAUCAAAUUUUACCAUGAUUUUUGCGGAACAUAUGAAGUGGAAAUAGUUCACUACGAUUUAGAGCGAGGACUGCGAUUUCCGGAUGUUUUUAUUCAAGGGAAGAGAGUUGUAAAGUUUGAAAGAAAAACACUUAAUCCAGGGAAAAAGCAUAAAGUGUACCAAAAAGAGUACGCAAAACUACCAGCUGCCUAUAGAAAUAGUCCAGAAAAUAUUGAAAGAAAGGCACUAGAAAAGAUUGGAGAAAGAAGAUGGACUUUUUCCUCAAGAUGGUCCUCUAAUUUGGCAAACGAAUGUGUACUCGUGGACCCUGAAACAUAUUAUAGUCGUGGAUAUAGAUUUUCGAGAAUUGUUCAUACCCGUUGCUUUGAAUUACUUUAUGCCGAAGCAACGCAUCGCCUCUCUGGUCUAAGUUUUUUGGAGUAUGUACUGGGCCUCAUCAAAGUCACUUAAGCCUCGAUUAGAUUUCCUUAUAAAGAAAUGUCAGUUGUCUUUCAUUGCGUUGUCGUCGUCGUUGACUUUUGAAAUCUUAUAUCCGUAACCACUGAACCAAUUUCAACCAAAUCAAGCAUAUACCAUCGUUGGGUAUUGGGGAUUUGAGUUUGUUUAGCUGACGAGCAGUGUGAUGAUUUUUAGUAGUGUGCAAUGAAAUACAUGUAAUGUGUACAUUUGUAAGAUAUAUUUAACAUUGAGAAUAUUACAAAUUAAUGCUGUAUAACUGCUUCUUCUAAUGAGCCCGGAUUUCCUGCUUUAUGAAAAAGAAAACAUGUUCAAUUGUUAUUCAUUAAGUCCAAUGAAAAAAACAUCCAUUUCAAAGGGAGACAAUUGUAAAUAUUAUUCAAAACAUGCUUUUGCCCAGGUUAUAACUUUGGUGAUAAUCUCCUGUAAUGAAGAUUAGAAUUGCUGAAAUUGAAUCCUAAUUAAAAAGAUAUUUUGAUGUG